AAUGCUGGCACCUCGAGGUAGCACACACCCCGCCCCCCCGCCCUCGCUCAAGCCUGCUCGGCCCGCUCGCCCCUCCGCUACCGCUACACUGGCAGUCCGCCGCCGCGAUGGCGCUCCGCGCCCCCGUGACGCUGGUGCUCGCGGCCUGCCUCGCCCUGCUGCGGCCGGCGGCCGCCUGAUGCCACGAGAAGCGGUGGGUUGCCCACGGUUGAUAUGUGCGAGUGUGGGUGCUGCGACCCCACUUGCUGCGCCGUCUGCAAGGCACACAACUGUGAGAAGUACAGCGAUGUGUUCAGGGUAAAAGGCCACAAGGGCAUGUUCCUCCGAGGGCAUGCGAAGUUUCUGCCUGAAGACGCCAUCACACCGUCUACGUUGACCCUGCCGAGGCACCACAGCAUCACUCAGGCCGAGGCGGAGCAAUGGGUUGCAGCCCAUUCAGGGAAGGGCGCCAAAUUGCAGCAGGAGAACCACUCAGCCAGCCACGCGCAGCCGUCCCAGCUGCUGCACGCCAAGCCGAGGCUGUCCAGCGCUGACGAGGGGGCUUAGGGCGCAGGACGCCAGACGGCGGUGAGGCCCAGAGGGUCCGCAUAUCAGUUACCGCUGCCUCGUGACGGCGCUCCCGUGGUCGGGGGGGGGGGAGCUCAGGGGCGGCCUGACCGACCCCCAGCAAGCCGACUCCCUCCGUGACGACCCCCGCACCCGCUACAAGGCGUGGGAAGGCGGCCAGAGAGGGGCCACGUCACGAGAGGGGCUCGUCACGAGAUGCGGCUCGUCACGAGAGGGUCUCGUCACGGAAGGGGUUGGUUUGGCCCCGCCCGACGAGAGCGGGGUGUGGCUCUGAUUGGGAAGAGCCCCGCAGCGCACCGCUGCAGCAGGCUGUUGGCAGCCGUCGUUGUCCCCGCCGCAGUUCCACUGGUGAGCACCCCUGCGAGGCGGGGCGCGUAGCGGCGUGUGCCGACUGCGCCCUUUGCGCGCGGGCGUGUGACAAUCGGCGCUCGUCUGGGCCAAUGGGCGCCUCGGUGCAGAGAUGGCCGGCACGCUUGUCGAUCGGGAGCGCCAACCAUCCAUGAGGGGCUCGUGCUCACCCUUAAAACGCUGGUUUUGACGGCAGUGUGGGUCGGGCCUGUGUAUGAGUGGACGGUUUGCCCCGUCCGCCGUGGAGGGCCUUCCCGGUUGUCUUCUCCCGUCGCUUUCGUUCGAUUGCCCCCUUUCUGCUGCGCCGGUCUUGCUGGAUAGCGAGAGUCGAGCUGGCGGCCCGAAAACGCACGACGCGGUCAGGCCUUUGAGCGGGCUCGUCGCCGCUUCGCGCCCUCUCGGUCGUCAUCCAGGUCGCACUGGGGUGGCGAGGAGGAG